AUGUUGAAUGUUCGUUCGCCUGCAAUCUCCUGUAAGGCAAAGUUGACUUUGGGGUCUCGGGAUUCAUGUUUGCUGCUUUCAAAAGCACUUGACACGGAGGCUCGUCAGCCCCGUCAACUUGGUACUGUUCGCCAUCUGAAUAUUCGCCAUGUGAUCACUCAGAGAAAGCCUUCUAAGGUUACCACUACCGAGAGAAGCCUUCCUCAGAAGACUAUCAAUAGUCGAAAACCUGCAAGACAAGCCACUGUGCCUUACGACAAUUCUCUCGAUAAGCGGACUUCAGCAGCACUGCAACAUCACAAACACCUGGAUCGUGUCAACGUCAACAAAUGGCGUUCAGAUCUCGUUCUACCGCCCGAUGCCUUUUGGAAGAAGUGGGAGAAUUUACUGAACCCCAGUGAUGCUGGCGGGCUUGACACAGCUCUCAGGUUUGUGGAUCGCUGGCAAGAUGCAUCAACUAAAACAAGUUUUCGUGUCGAAAGACAUGAAUUCUCAACUACUGGUUCCAUAUAUGAGUGUACCUCCCACGCCUCGCUGGCUCUAUUGGGAGUUCGCACAACAGUGUCCUAUGGUUAUAGUAAGCAAGAGGCAUUUGACAACCAGCACCUUGCACGAGUCUCACAAUUGUAUCAACUUGGCGAGCUUGAUACAAUCUAUCAGGGCACUAUGGAAUCAAGGAAGCUCAUGGGACUAUAUGAGUGGGCUGCAAGGUACGGCUUGUUCCCAAGAUUCGACAUCAAAAUGACCGACGACCGACCCGACGCUCAAUAUCGAAUCACCUUGGCUGUACGAACGUGGAACGUCAAAGCUGUUUCAACUGCCCCAACAUACAUUGAAGCCUUGGCUACUGUCAUAACAACAUACGAUGACUCUGUCAAGAAAGACGGUGUCAGUAUUCCACUGACACCAGGAGCCACCUCAGAGAGGCUGGAACAUCUGGACCUAGGGACCGCAGGCCGAGCUUUGAAAUUCGUCACGGAGAAACUCCAACCUCGCGACUUCCGACGAUGGACCAUGAAACUCGACAGACCAAGGCCACAAUGGGCUUACAGAGUUGUAGUCGACGGAUGCUAUAACCCUGAGAUCCCGAUGCUACGUAAGCGCGACGCAUAUUACGUUGGAACCAUCACUGCAGUGGUGCGGAUCUUGCAGCGCUUCGGUUUUGAUCUGAUGGAAGGGUUUGAGGAGUACCUCGAGGCAACCAAGAAUGACGCCAAAUCGAGGUCCUCAAGUGGAGAGGGAGAGGUUGAGAUUGCUGACCAGUCUGACAAGAGCUCUUGCGAGGGAUCUGACCACGUUUCCGCGCACGCUGUCCUUCAAGAAUGGUUGAGGGUGCGAACGAAAAGAUGA